AUGUCAUAUAUUAUUUUCAACUUAGUCAUAUGGGGGAUGCGAGUGAUGGCUGAAGAAACAUACAAUUUUCCCUUGUAAUCAAAUUAGCCAAACAUAAUGUACUUAGAAGAUUAUACACCUGAUAAAUUUAAAGCUCCCCUCUAUUAAUUGGAAAGAAAUAAUGAAUAUAAUUUAAGUAUUCAACAAUCUGCUUUAAGUCUCUAAGAAGGAUAAUUCAAUUUGAGUAAAUUAUAUUAUAAGUGAUAUAGAUGGAAAAAUAUUAUCAGCCAGCAAUUACAUCACUGAAUCUCAAUUAAGUUCAAACGACUUUUGGGUACUAACAAAAAGUGAUUUAUAUCAAGGAUUGCUCUAGAACAACGGAAGUGUUACCUUAAAUUAAGUACCUUUUAAUUUUACUUAAUUAAGUAUUUAUUAUCAAUUAUUAUAGGUUGUUUUUAUAUUAAUUUAUUAACAGAGAAUAUGGGAAUAAUAAGUUGUCUCAAAAAUAAAUAUUUGAGUUUCGUAUUUUUUAAUUUUUCCAACUUUUCUCAUCAAAUCUAUCAAACCAAUGUUACCUUCCCUGAAAAAUUUAGUAAUCGGAAAAUAAAUUUACAAUAUUUUAAUUAAAGCACAUUUAAUAUAUAUUUGACUUAUUUGACCAAAGAUAAUGCUACUGCAAUUAGUUUUAGUUACAACAUAAAAUAAUUGGAUUAUGCAAGUGAAUAAGUUUAUAAUGGCACAUUCAUCCAGAUUUUGUUAUCUCAGGACUUUAAUUUUAUAUUUCUGAUGAGUAAGAAAUAACUUUAUGUGAUAAAUUUGUCAACUUAGAAUAGCUUCAAAGAAAUAGCUAAUUAUAAAACAACAACAAAUAGAGUAAGAGAACAUUUUACUAAAAUGGCUGUAUAUUAGCUAUCAGAUAAUACAUUUCAUGUUGUAUUGUUAUAAAAUGAAUACUUGUCAUAAUUGUAUUUUGAUUUUAAUUCGAAUAAAUACACAGAGAAUCAUAAACAUUUUGUAUUGAAUGCCUAUGAAAAAGUAAUUUAAUUAACGGUAAAUAUAAAUUCAAUCUAUGUUAUUACAAAUCAUUAUGUAACUAAAUUGAACUCAAUUUCAUCAAUAAAACCAACAAAUUACUUGAAUUAUUCAUUGGCUAAUAUGGCACUAAUAAUGAAUGAAAGAUAGAUUACCAUUUUAAUUGAUACAAGUGAAUAGUCAUCGAAAUUUGGAUGCAUUUUAUUUAAUAAACCAUAAAUUUUGGUUAAUCUAACUUAGACUCAAGCUAUGGUAUCAAAUUUUUAAGCAGUCAAACUAAAAAUAAAAAUAUUUUCGCAAAUUUCACAUUAAAUUGAAGAUUCUAUUUUGUUGAAUUUAAUAAUUUCGGAUAUUAGUUAAUCAUAAUGUCCUGUUUAAUUCUCCAAUAAUUUCCCAAAUGCUAAUUUGGUGUACCCAAUGGAAACGAUGAUUCAAGGUAACACAAUGAUGCUAGGUCCCAACAUUACAACAACAAUUACAAAUUCAGACAAACAGUACUUAACCUACUAAAAAUCUAAAAUAAACAAAUAUAUUUCAACUUCCAAUGAAACCUAUUCAACAAUGUGUAGUGUCUUUAGAUCUUAUAUUAUAACUUGUGCUUAAAGUCAAGAUGAAGUCAGAAUUUAAUACUCAGAAUCUUUAUAAUUAACAAAGACAAGCACUUAUUUUGUUGUGCCUACAAAUUUCUAAUAAAGCCUUGUUCAAUGUACUUGCUCUUAAACAAUUUUCUAAAUUGAAGUCGUGAUGCAGUUUUAAACCUACAUAUUAAUCUAGACUAUCGAUUAUUCAUUAUUAUAGUAAGGAUUGUAUUAGUAUUCAUUCAGUUAGGAAAUCUUAAGCUCAGCAUUUCUUGGUGAGACAUUGUUUGUAAUUACAAAUGAUAAUAAUUUAUCAGCAUAUACUAAAAACAACAACAAAAGCCCUAAAUUUACUGUUUAAAAUUAUCAAUUCAAUUAAAUCUACAUAAACAAAUAAAAUUAUCCAAAUUAUCUAUUUAUCGAUAAUUAAGAAAGCUUAGUCAUCUUAUCAUAUAAUGGGUAGUCAUCUUGUUAAUUUGUAAAUUAGAUUCCUUAUCCCCUACUCGAUUAUGAUUAAUUAAAAUUAGGUAUUUUAAAUACUGGAAUCUUUAUAGCUAUAAUAAAUAAUUAGAAGAACAUAUAAUUGUAUUUUUAUCCUAUUUAGUCAGUAUUUAUUGAUAGCCCAAUCUAAUCAUAUUAUGAAUUGAAUUUAUUGGGAUAUUAAUUUGCAUUUUCUUAACUUCAAACUGCAUAUACUUAACGUAAUUUCUAUAUCAUCUUAUAUAAAUCCACAUCUGUUUUUUGGGCGUAAUAUUAUGGAAGCGGAUCAUCAUUUUUUUCCUUCGUUUAAUCAAAUUGGAUUUAAACAAUUUCAACUUCAAAUUACAUAUCCUCACUUAGUGCUAUUGAGUUUGAAUAAGGGAAUCAAAUAUUAGAAUACCUUUAGAUCAUCAAUACUAAGAAUGAAUUCAAGAAGAUUGUGAUCACAGAUUGGAGUGUAGAAUUGACUCCUCUAUAUAGAGCUAACGAUCUUGCUGUUUAAACAUCAAUUACGUAUAACGCAUCAAAUCUGAUCUGCUUUAGUCUUCAAUAAUAAGAUGUUACUAUCUUAUAUGAAAAAAGAGUAAUUUUGCCUCGCAUAGAAGAUUUUGGAAAAAACACUUUUCAAUUAUCAAUGAAUCAGAGCUAAUUCGAAGUGAAUCCUUUAGAAUUUUUUAAUGGAAAUGUUAAUAAUUACACAGCAACUUGCAAAAACUGUUAAUAAUUCAAUUACACUCAACCUGUGAGUCAGCAAAAUUAAGUAUUGUUAGGUCAGUAUUUAUAAGGACUUGCAUAAUUAAAUGAGACAUUCCUUUAUGUUCAAAAUAAUAUAAGUGUAUUCCUUUUGGAAUAAUCAACAGGAUAACUAACAAAGUUGUAUGACUUUCCUAAAAAAAUAUCAUUAUGUUCGAAUUUGUUUGUUGAAAUAGUCACUUAAUUCCCAAUAUCUGUAUGUUAAAAUAGCUUUAUAUACAGUUACAAUUUGACAUCUCAAACUAUCAUUCAGUAUGAUCUUUCCAAUUUGGUUGUAAUCUUCGUUUGCUUCUAUAAUAAUGGCAUUUUGUAAAUCAUUUCUUAAACUAACAAUGUUUACAACAAUUAUAACUAGUAUUACUUAUAAAUCAUAGAUAAUCAGCUUAUUUUAAUACCAAUAUAUACAUAUGCAAGGUUUUAAUAAACUUAUGUCAUAGAUCAGGUGAUUGUAAAGCUUUCCUCUAAUUUUACUUCUGAUCCAUGUUAAAUACUUGGAUUUUAACACAUACUAACUCAAAAUGCUAAUCCUAAAUUUUUCUUACUGAAAACUUGUAUGCCAUCUUCAAUUGCCUAAUACUUUGGAUUCCCAGGCAAUUAAUAUACUAAUAUUACAAAUCUUUAUUUUGUAAUUUAAGAUUGGAUGCUUGCUGAGACUUAAGUGGUGAGUCUUACUGUUAGUAGUUAUUUAUAAUAAGUUGGAUCACCAAAACCUAUUAGUGAUCAAGUUAAUCAAAUACUUAUAGCUUGUCCUUAUGCUAGCGAUAUUAGAUUAUAUAGGAUAUAGUUUAAUUUAACAAAUGGAAAGAUUAUUGGAAAUUACUUUUCUGGCUCUUUGUAUCUAGACUUUUCCACAGCUUAUAACUUAUGGUGUGCAAAUAAUGUAGUUUUUCCAACUUUUUAAACUAAAAUCUAAUCAAAUCAAUCGGUUACCUUGUAUAUUUAUAAUGUUGAACAUUUGUAAUAAUUAUGAUUUAAUUUUAGGUUAUAUUCAAAUUUACAAAUUGUUCCAUAUAUAAGUUAUAUUCCAGAUGUAUUUAGUUCCUCAAAAAUUUUUUAGAAACAGAAUGGUAAUUACAUCUUAAUUUCUGGAUCUGAGGAGAAUAGAUCAAUAAUUAUUAGAAUAUAAGACAAUUUAAGAUUCAAUGUUAAGGUGUAAGAGAAUGAAAAAGCAGAAAUUGAGAUUCUCGCUUAAAAUCAGCAAACUCAGUGUUAAAGGUCUUUGUUUGUAAUGGAUGAAUAGGAGAAUGAUGAUGAUAAUGAUAAUGAUGAUAAUGAUGAUAAUAAUGAUGAUGAUAAUAAUGAUGAUGAUAAUGAUGAUGAUAAUAAUGAUGAUGAUGAUGAUGAUGAUGAUAAUGAUGAUGUUGUUAAUCCAAAAUAAAAAUAUAAAGCACGUCUAAUCAUAAUAAUCAUCAUUGUUGUACUUUUGCUUAUUAUUAUUAUUUUGAUUGCCAUUAUAUGCUAUAGAAGAAAAGAAGUCAAAAAACACAACAGUGAAAUGUCAUAUUAAUUAGUAUGAUCUAAAUUAUAACAAUUGCCAACAAC